AUGGAGUAAAAAAACACUCAAAGACUGGCAGAUUAAAUUAGAUUAGAGAUUUUCUACAGAAGAGGAUAAAAAAGCCCUUAAGGAUAAAAAUUAAUAGGUACAUAUAGGUAAACUAUUGAAUAUCUAAAACCUCUUUUUGGUUUAUUAAAGGAUUAAAAAUGUUCAGAAGAAAUUCUUGAUGGACUCUAUGUUAUAGCACAUUAUUGUUUAAUGAGAGAAUAUUCUAAAGCUAAUGAUAAAUAUUUAUAAUUAGCUAUAGGAAAUGCGGCUUGGCCGAUGGGAGUUACUAUGGUUGGUAUUCAUGAAAGAGCGGGAAGAUCGAAGAUUUUUAGUUCUUAAGUUGCACAUAUUCUUAAUGAUGAAGCAACAAGAAAAUAUCUUUAGUCAAUAAAAAGAUUAGUUACUGUUUCUUAACUUUUAUUUCCGGCUGAUGAUAAAUCUAAGAUGGUUAAUUUUGAUACUUUGAUGGAAGAUUUAUUUUGA